AUGAAAUUAAAGCCCCUACUUGUGUAUCACUCAGAAAAUCCAAGGGCUCUCAAGGGCUAUGCCAAGUCUAGUCUACCUGUGAUUUGGCAUUCCAAUAAGAAGGCUUGGAUGAUUAUGACCCUUUUCCAAGACUGGUUCACUAACUAUUUUUGCCCUGCUGUAGAAAGAUAUAAUGCCAAGCGUAACAUAUCUAAUAAAGCAUUGCUCCUCUUAGACAAUGCACCAAGCCACCCAGUAAAUUUAAAUGAUCUUUUGGAUAAUGUGAGAGUGGAGUACAGGUACAUCCCCAAGAACACAACUUCGUUGCUCCAGCCAAUGGAUCAAGGUGUGAUAGCUAACUUUAAGGCAUAUUAUCUUAGGAAUACUUUUUUGCAGCUCAUAAAAGCAAUUGAUGGGGAGGAUAAACCUACAAUUAGGGACUUCUGGAAAAAGUUCAACAUCUUGGAUGCUGUGGAUAAUAUAGCCGAGUCAUGGGAUGAAGUGAAAACCUCAGCUAUGAAUGGUUCAUGGAAAAACAUAUGGCCUGAGUGUGUCCAUGAAUUUCAAGGUUUUUCACAAGCUGAAAGUCUACAGAAAGUUCAACAAGGCAUUGUAACACUUGCAAAUAAUAUAGGCUUUGAAGAAGUCGUGGAAAAUGAUGUGGUUAAGUUGCUAGAGUCCCAUAGAGAAGAUUUGACUAAUGAAGAUCUGAUGAUGGAACAAGAGAGAGAGCUGCAGGACAAGAGGAGGAUAUAG